AUGGCUACUACCAAACUAGCCAUGAAGCUCGUUUACAUUCUCCUAAUCCUAUUCACCUUCACCGUAUCUCCAGCGAUCUCAACGGCCCCGGAAGGUUGUGGAAGCGGCUCGGACAAUCCGUGCGUCGAUAAGGCUAAGGCAUUUCCACUCAAAAUCGUUGCCAUUGUAGCCAUCCUUACGACCAGCUUGAUAGGUGUAACGUCUCCUCUUUUCAGCAAUUCCAUUUCGUUCCUCCGUCCUGAUGGAAAUGGUUUCAUGAUCGUGAAAUGUUUUUCUUCGGGAAUCAUCCUUGGAACCGGUUUCAUGCAUGUCUUGCCUGACUCUUUCGAGAUGUUGUCAUCGGAAUGUCUUAGCCAUAAUCCGUGGCAUAGGUUUCCUUUCGCGGGAUUUGUCGCUAUGUUGUCCGGUCUAGUCACUCUAGCCAUUGACUCCAUUACCACUAGCCUUUAUACCAGUAAGAGCUCAGUCGGACCAGCGCCUGAGGUGUACACCUAUGACAUUGAUCAAGAGAAGGGGACUCACAAUGUAGGUCACAAUCACAGUCACGGUCAUGGUGUAAUGCUAGCCACUAAAGAUGAUGGACAGCUUUUGCGGUACCGUGUCAUUGCCAUGGUAUUGGAGCUUGGGAUUUUAUUUCAUUCCGUAGUCAUUGGGCUAUCUCUAGGAGCAACAAAUGAUGCAUGUACCAUUAAAGGGCUCAUCAUAGCUCUGUGCUUUCAUCACUUGUUCGAAGGCAUUGGUCUCGGUGGCUGCAUUCUCCAGGUACUAAUUAGAUAUAAAUUCAUAAUACAUAGUUUCUAUCUAUCUUAUAUAUAUAUCACUUGGAAAUUCUAUGUAAAACAGGCAGAUUUUGCAAAUGUGAAGAAGAUCUUGAUGGCAUUAUUUUUUGCCGGAACAACACCUUGUGGUAUCAUUCUCGGAAUUGCGUUGUCAAGUAUCUAUAGUGGUAACAGUCCAACCGCGUUGAUUACGAUUGGACUGUUAAAUGCUUGCUCGGCCGGAAUGCUCAUCUACAUGGCCCUCGUCGACCUUCUAGCUACGGAGUUCAUGGGAUCAAUGCUCCAAGGCAGCGUCAAACUUCAGAUCAAGUGCUUCAUGGCGGCUUUGCUCGGCUGCGCCGUAAUGUCGAUCGUUGCCUUGUGGGCUUAAACACUCUUUCAACACAAUUAAUGAUAUUUUAAUUUGUUAUUCAAGGCGACAAAUUCUUUCGUCUUUGUACAUUUGAAAAGUUUUUUUUAUUUAUGGCUGAUUCAUUUUUUAAUUUGUAUAUUGAGA